CUUGUCUCUUCGCAGGCUCCUUCACUGCUGCACCCAGGUCCCUUGUCCGGUGCUGGAGCUACUAGCUCUCCGUCGCGUUUCCAAGGCGUCGCCUACUCGGCCGACGAGGCCUCCAUUGAACAUCCUCAGCUGCUUCUGCUGCCAUUCGGAGGAGCAGGAGCUGCUUCUGCCUCUCUCACUGGUCCUGCGAACGCCUUGACGCCUGGCUCGCCGAAUAGACCGCCAGCAAUCACUCCACCGCCGUCCAGCUUCCGCCGAAGCUCCGACGACACUACAAGUCGUCCGUCACAGUCGGCCGCCUCCACCAUGACGACUGGCUCAACCACAGCGACUGUGUAUUAUCCGACGGGGCAGUCGCAUUCGCCUCAGCCGCCUGGACCACUUCGUCUACACCCGAGCCUUCUUGGCCAGCAUCCAGCCUCUCUGACGCUCGGACAGCAGCAGGCACACUCUCAUAUUUACACCCACGGACUCCAUCUCCCUGCGCUACCGACGCCUACAAACCACUUGCCGCUCUGUCUGUCACCGGAUUAUUCGUAUCCUCUCCUCGCCGCCUAUCCCCAGUCCAUUUCCGGUCCGGUCAGCGAGGAGACAGGUGUCUCGGGCCACGAGGCCUCCAAUGGGGCAUGCCAGCCGCUUUUGCACUCGAUCGGGGCCAUGAUUCCUCCCGAGGCGGCUCUCCCAGCCGGUCAGCACCAAAGUCUUCAGCGGCACCAGCAGCAACAGCAGCAACUGCACCACCACCACUUUCAGAUGCAGCAGCAACAGCAGCAGCAACAACAACAACAGCAACAACAACAGCAACAACAGCAACAACAACAGCAGCAACAUCAGCAACAACACCUCCGAAUGACAGGUAUCAUGCCCCAGGGCUUCUUUCCCCCCGGCGUACCAAAUAUAUUGCAAAAGACUGGCCAUCUGGCCACGAAUGAGGCCGGAGGAGGUCUGGCCCCAUUUGGUGGUCAUCAGACGAAACGAACGCCAGUUGGCCGACAAUUGCGAGAAUCCGUCAUGGCAACGGAGCAAAGUAGUUCGGGUGCAGAUCCGGUCGUCAGUCGCAAACCGGGCGGGAAGCCGAAGCACCAUGCGUUUUUUGUGGCUGAUGAUCCAAGAGGUGGUCUUCUUUUCCGUGCAUCAAGACAGAGUCUUUUAUUGCAAUUUUCAAACGCCGUUUUUAGAUAA